AUGGCCCCACCGCUGUUCAUCCUCGCCGUCAUCCUCUACGUCGUCUCCGCCACCGCCGUCAAGGCACUAGUCUUCGACGUGCCGUCGGGCAGCUCCAAGUGCCUGACAGAGGAACUCCACCGCCGCGCGGUCAGCCACGCGUCGUACCGCGUGGUGGCGGAGUCCACUUCAGCGGCCGACCGGAAGAUCUUGGUGCGCGUGACGGGUCCGCGCGGUGAGGAGCUCUACAUGGCGGAGGGCGGGGAACGCGGGGAGUUCAGGUUCGAGGCGGCGGAAGACGGUGAGCACACGGCCUGCUUCUGGUCACCCCGCUACGAGCGCGGCGCCGUUGUCUCCGUCGACGUGCAUUGGGCCACCACCAGUGUCGGCGCCCACGCCGGGGGGUCCAGAUCCCCGCCCGCCGUCGCGGUUGGCAACGAAGGCCGCAUUGCUACCAUCGCAGGAGAGUUGAAGAGACUGGAGGUUUCUGCUCGACUCAUACACCAAGAAAUGUUAUCUUUUCGCCAGAGCGAACUUGAGCUGCAGAGGCUCAACGAAGACACCGCCACAAGAUUACACUCGUUCACCCUAUUGUCAUUGGCCAUGUGCGUGGGGGUUGCAGCAUUGCAGUUAUGGCAUCUGAAGACUUUCUUUCAAAAACAACAUAUACUAUAG